AUGGCUGUGGAACUUCCUGGGUACUUUUAUGACACAGAAAAGAGAAGAUAUUUUAAGAUAACUAAUAGCAUUAAUGCUUCAAUAGAAUUGAGUGGCAACAAAUAUAGCCGGGAUGUGCUAAACAAUGUGAAGGUCAAUUUAUUGGGUCAGCAAUCCAAAAAAGCUUAUACAGAUCCUUAUAAGAUUCAAGAUGAAUAUUUGAAAGAUAGAUCAAUUCGGUAUAUGGUGGAUAAUAAUGUGCUAUCUAAAGGCCAAAUAUUCAAACAGAGUGAGAGUAGUGCAUCUAUUGUGAGCACAAAUAAUAUCACAUUUCCCUAUUCGGAUAAGAUCAUUGCUGCUCAAGACGUUAAUUACAUCGAAGAUGGACUACAUCGAACUAAAACGUUAUACAUUACUAGUGCUGGUCAGAUUUUAGAAACUAGGAUAGAUUCACCCCCAAAUACUGCUAUUCUACUUUUUCGUCCCGAAGAUACAGAAGAAUCUACCAUAGACCUCGCAAAUUUUGAAGUAAGCCAAUACUAUUUAGGUUUAGUUUUAGUUCAUAUGGUAGGCUCUCAUGGAAAAAAUAUUCUAUUCUGGUCUGUGCAGAACAGAAAUGAAACUAUUAACUUUAGAUCUAAAGUAAUAGAAAACAAAUACAUGACAUAUGUGACCUUAUUAGACCCCAAUCACAUAUUUUAUCUAUUAGGAAACAAGCUCCAUUUUGUGUCUUCUGAGAACUUCUCUUUUGACAAUAAAUUAACUUUAUAUCCAAAGGAAAGAAGUUAUUGGCGAUUAAAAGGUCAAAUUACAUGUGUAAAAUUCAAUCCCAUUGAUAACGAAACUUAUAGGAUAUAUGCUGGCUCAAGAAAUGGGAUUUUGACUUCCUUUAUAUUUUCAGUCAAAUACGGAGUUAUGCCAAAGAGCGUACAGACAUGGGACCGUCCGGGGAAUUUAAUAACAAUAGUGUCAAUGCUGAGUACUAAUAUAGAUGGAAUAAUAUUUGUUUCAGGGUUGACUAAUAAGAAGGAUCACUCGCAGACCAUAAUUGCUCUUAACACCAAAUCCUUAUUGCCAAAUCUAACCCAUAUGCUAACUCUUAAAUCUCACUUUCGAAAUGUAACUCAAAGUACGGAAAUAUUUUUGCUAAAUCAGCACGAAAAUAUCUUAUUAUAUGGAUGUAAAAGAGGUGUUAGAGUAGAGCCUGAUUUUGAAAUUUUUAAACUUGACAGUAAUUCCCCCAUCAAUGAUAAAUCACAUCAUAUUUUGCCAAAUCUCAAAUUUAGCUCAUUGCUUGAUAAGAAAUAUUUUACGUCCCCAUUCGAACUUAUUCAGAUUGUGGGCGAAAUUGGGGAACAGAAUGUCAAAAAAAAUAUAGAUGAUCGCAUUUUCAUUAAAAGAUUAUUAAUUAAAGUCUUUGCCAAAGUCAGCCAUCAUAAUCAGACAUGCAUGAUUAUAGUAAAGUUAUAG